AUGUCUGGGACAUUUGAUACCGAGGAUGGUCAGCCGACUGUUAGCCACCCCACGCAGCAGUCCCCGGAAAAAGCCGUGGACAGGAUCUUGCCAAAUGAAUCAAGCACCAGCGAAGAAAAGUUGCCUCGCGUCGCAGAUAAGAUCCCAGUCUCCGUCUGGCUUGUGAUCUUGACGUUCUCGUUCUUGUUAUACAGUAUGCCGCUAUUCGCGAGCGUCAUUAUCGAUUGCUUUCUUGGACGCUAUCGAGGAAUCUUGCUUUUCCUGUGCAUUUAUGUGAGCGGGGCAUUCAUCUUGGUCAUGACAUCUCUGCCACCAUCGUUGGAUGCAGGAGCUGGCCUUCCAGGGUUUUUAACUGGCAUCAUCCUUAUGGGGAUAGGUCUUGGGGGUGUCAAGUCCGGUAUAUCACCGCUCAUGGCCGAUCAGUAUACCAACUGGGAAGACAAAGUUGUCGUCAAGCCGAAUGGCGAAAAAGUGAUCAUUGAUCGGGAUCUCAGUAUGGAUAGGAUCUACCAUGCAUAUUAUUGGGCCGUUAAUAUCGGGGCGCUCUCCGCAUUAGCCACCACCUUUAUGGAAAAAGACAUUGGGUUUUGGGCGGCCUACCUGCUUCCGUUUUGCGCAUUGUGCACUUCCUUACUGACUCUGGCCCUGUGCCGGAAUAAAAUCGUUAAGCUCCCGCCAGGCGGCAAUAUUUUACCAAAGGCGUUCCGGAUCAUGUUGUGCGCAGCAAAAAAUGGUUUCAAUAUGGAUGCCGCACGACCGCACAAUCGCCCACACUCAGUUGACUGGGACGAUAAGUUUGUGACAGAUCUCAAACGUGGUCUUGUCGCUUGUCGCAUCUUUGCAUUUUAUCCCAUUCUUUGGGUGGCUCAUCUACAGAUCAACAACAAUCUUGUCUCUCAGGCAGCUCAGAUGAACACCGAUGGCCUUCCAAAUGAUAUCUUCCCAACAUUAAACCCAAUUGCGGUGCUAAUCCUUCUGCCUAUUGUCACUAACCUGCUGUAUCCCUUAUUGAGAAAGAUGAGGGUCGAAUUUCCACCGGUAAAUCGAAUGGCGAUCGGAUUUCUCAUCGAGGCAAUUGCGAUUGCGUACUGUGCAGGGAUCCAGCAGCUCAUUUAUACAAAGCCGCCCUGCUACUCCCACGUGCUAGAAUGUCCUGCUUCCAAUCAUGGAAUAUUACCCAAUCAGAUCAGCGUAUGGGCUCAAACACCGACCUACGUAUUAGACGGUCUGGCGGAGAUAUUUUUUGACGUUGUUAGCCAAGAAUACGGGUAUAACAAAGCACCGGACAAUGUCAGGAGGCCUAAAAGGUUCAACAUGGAAUCCCCGCUAACAUCCUUUUUCCCAAUACAGAUGAAAUCAAUCGUUCAAGCUGUCCUGUCUGCCAUGUCCGGGGUUGGUGCUGUUUUGGGAUUUGCCCUCUACCCUGUUGCACACAAUCCGAAUCUUGUUUGGAUGUACACAGCUCUCGCGGCCGCUAUUUUCCUUGCAUCGUUGGCGUUCUGGUUAUGUUUCUGCAAGUACAAUGCAGAAGAUGCUGACAUGAAUAGGAGAGACUAG